UCCUGGAACUAGGCUUUGGAAUGCUACACUGCUUUGCAAGAAGAAACUUGCUAGAGGAAAGGGGAUCUAAAGUGGUGCAGCUGCAUACAGGAAGCUGAAUCUGAGUGGAAAUCCAUUGGCUUGAAGGUGAGGCUCAUACAAGAGGUGGUCAAGGAAGUGCAUUGUGGGAGUUUGCUGUAGUUGGUGAGAGGCUUGGAAGAAAUGGCCAUGUUCCUAAUGCAUGUGGCAUGAAUGAGACUGGUGGGGGUGAGUGACCAACGGUCAAUGGAGAUCAUUCAGGGAUUGAAGAGAAUCCUGAUAACACUCUUGUGUUGGGAGAGGGCUGAAGGAAGCCAGACCAGUACCUGCACUCGCUGAGUUCCUUGGGACCUCUUUGGCCAACCUUCUGCAUUUAAAUUGGUUGAACGGUGUGCCUACUGUCCGGGAGUCAGCUACCUAAGAUUUCAACAAUGUCUCAUCCAUCUUGGCUGCCACCCAAAAGCACUGGUGAGCCUCUUGGCCAUGUCCCUGCACGGAUGGAGACCACCCAUUCUUUUGGGACUCCUAGUAUUUCGGUGUCUAUGCAGCAACCACCCAAGAAGUUUGCACCAGUGGUGGCUCCAAAACCCAAGUACAACCCAUACAAGCAACCUGGAAGUGAAGGUGAUUUUCUCCCACCUCCUCCUCCCCCUCUAGAUGAUCACAUUGCCCUUCCAUCUGGUUCUGGAAACUUCCCCCCUCCACCACCCCUGGAUGAAAGUGCUUUUAAAGUACAGGGAAAUCCAGGAGGCAAGACCCUGGAGGAGAGACGCUCUAGCUUGGAUGCUGAGAUUGACUCCUUGACCAGUAUCUUAGCUGACCUGGAAUGCAGCUCCCCGUAUAAACCUCGCCCCCAACAGGGGUCAACCAGUUCAACAGUCUCUCCACCAGUUUCUACUCCUGUCACAGGACACAAGAGAAUGGUCAUCCCAAACCAACCCCCUCUAACAGCAACCAAAAAGUCUACAAUGAAGCCACAGCCUGCACCCCAAACUGCACCCAUCCCUGUGACUCCAAUAGGAACAUUGAAGCCCCAGCCUCAGCCAGUUCCAGCAUCCUAUACCACAGCAUCCACACCUUCAAGGCCCACCUUCAAUGUGCAGGUGAAAUCAGCCCAGCCCAGCCCUCAUUACAUGGCUGGCCCUUCAUCAGGACAGAUGUAUGGCCCAGGGCUCCAAGCCUAUAAUACUCAGCCAGUUCCUAUGUCAGCACAGGGCCCACCUCCUUCAACCCGGGCUGGUAUUGAUUAUGCAUAUAUUCCACCACCUGAGCCCGCAUAUGGGUAUGCUCCUAACCAAGGCCGCCAUUAUGAGUCCUAUUAUGCAGCAGGUCCUGGUUAUGGGGGAAGAAAUGACUCUGACCCUGGCUAUGGUCAACAAGGCCAUCCUAAUACCUGGAAGCAAGAACCCAGGUACAAUCCUCCUGGAGUGGGGAACCAGAAUCCUGUUGGGAUGUACCCAGCCACAGGUGUCAAAAAGACCUACAUCACGGAUCCUGUUUCAGCUCCCUGUGCGCCGCCAGUGCAGCCAAAGGGUGGACACACAGGGCCUAUGGGGCCUCCAUCAUUCCGCCCUGAAGAUGAGCUUGAACACCUGACCAAAAAGAUGCUGUAUGACAUGGAAAAUCCACCUUCUGAUGAGUACUUCGGCCGUUGUGCUCGCUGUGGGGAAAAUGUGGUUGGGGAAGGUACAGGAUGCACUGCCAUGGAUCAGGUCUUCCAUGUGGACUGUUUCACUUGCAUCAUCUGCAGCAACAAGCUCCGAGGGCAGCCCUUCUAUGCGGUGGAGAAGAAAGCCUACUGCGAGCCCUGCUACAUUAAUACUCUGGAGCAGUGCAACGUGUGUUCCAAGCCCAUCAUGGAACGGAUUCUCCGUGCCACCGGGAAGGCCUAUCAUCCUCACUGUUUCACCUGUGUGAUGUGCCACCGCAGCCUGGAUGGCAUCCCAUUUACCGUGGACGCUGGUGGGCUCAUUCACUGCAUUGAGGACUUCCACAAGAAAUUUGCACCUCGAUGUUCUGUGUGCAAGGAGCCAAUCAUGCCAGCCCCAGGCCAGGAGGAGACUGUUCGCAUUGUGGCUCUCGACCGUGAUUUCCAUGUGCACUGCUACCGCUGUGAGGAUUGUGGUGGUCUUCUGUCUGAAGGAGACAAUCAAGGUUGCUACCCCUUGGAUGGACACAUCCUCUGCAAGACCUGCAACUCUACUCGUAUCAGGGUGCUAACAGCCAAGGCGAGCACUGACCUGUAGAUCCAGCAGCUUGCUUUCGCUGCUAACUGCACAGCAGCACCGAGAAGAAUGAAACACACACAAAGGGAAGGAAUAGGAAAAGUAGAGGCAAGGCAAUCAAGCUUUGUUCUUCAUCUGAUGUUAACCUUUCUUUAGAAACACAUAGAUUAUGAGUUGGUUUUUUGUUCUUUUAAGUUCUUAUCAAAUACACACUUCACAAGUGAUCAUGUAAGGCCUCCACAGGCCUUUGUUCUAAAGACUUUCACAUUUUUGCACGGAUUAUACUUUGUCUCAUUCACUUCUGUAUUCCUCUAACUUCUAAUCCCCAUGUUUUUCUCGCUUUUCUUCUGGUUGAAUAGUGUUUUUUUUUAAUGUGGUAUUUGCUGUCACAUGAUUUUUUUUUUCCUCCCUGGGUGAAUGUUCCAACUCACAGGUGCUCAUAGCUUGCAGUCUCAUCCCAAUAUUCCUGACUGCUUGUGCCCUUAGGGUUGGUUAGCCAUUCUGUUGCUCUGUAUUGAAAAGUAUAUUUUCCUGUUGCUCUCUACCAUGCAUGUGCCAUAAAGGAAAAAAACAAUGUACAUUCUUUCAUGUUUGACUACAAAAAUUUGUUAUAAAGUACAGUACAUUCAAAUAAGCUCCAAUUUGAAUUACAUCAAUCCAAAUUCAAAAAUCUAUGGUGAUCCAUGGCUAAAUCUCAUCAGAAAAUAGUAUGGGUCCAUAGUUAAUGGUUGGUGAAUGAGAACCAAGCUUUAGUUGUUUUCUAAAAAUGAUUACUGGGUGGGAUAUGCUACACAAAGCAUUUUAAGGCUGCGUGGGAAAAAUGCAUUAUUAUCCUUUGUUCUAUCUUUAGCUUUACCUUUCCAAAUGACUUGGACAUAUGUAGACAGAUUUGCUUUUGUAACAUUUUCAGUACUGUCCCACUUUCCAGCUUAGAACUCUCUAUAACAUAAAAUCGUAUUUUAUAUGUGUUUUCUUUCCUAAUAGUCAAAACCCAAUUAAGAGUAUUGACUUUCUCUAGAGGAAUUUACCUAUUAAAAAAUAGCUAAAAUUCCUUCUUUUUGCUCUUUUAUCUUUUUCAACUCCCCAGACAAAGUCUUUUUUGCCUGACUUUUGCAAAUCAAGGCACACAAAAUGAAGUUGUGUAGCUUUGUUGCAUUUACUUUAAAAAGAAAGAAAUGGUUUCAAGAUUGUGAAACCACAGUUUUAUUAUUCUCCUAAUCCUUCUGCAACUUGAAUUACAUAUUGCAGGAGACAUUUUCAUAUCAUUAGUGUGACAUUUAUACCACACUUUCAAAGACAAUCACUGUAAAAAAAAAUCCUUUCUGUGCUAAAAAUAUGCAGAAUCUCUGCCUAGAAUCUGUAUUCAAACUCUUAUUAGCCAGUGAAACACUUGCUUGCCAAUUGCAGAUCCAAAUUAAGUUCUAGCAUGUUUCACUUGAGAGAUACCUAGCUUAGCAAUGGCAAGUUGCCAUUUUUUUUAAAACUAAUUAAGUAUUUGGGAGUUGAGAUUUUUUUUAAGUUUCCUUUUAAAAUUCCCCAGGUAUAUACUUUUAAGUUAUGGAGUACUUUAAAUAUACAAAAAAUAUAAAUACAAAUAAUAUAAUGAAUUCCUCUAUACCUAACAUCAAGUUUAAGAAAUACAGUCACAUUUAAUGAGUAUCCCUCUCUAAUUUCACAAACCUUUUUAUGCCUGAUGAUGCAGAGGAUUUUUCUGGUCUGAAUUAUUUUUUUUAAUUUUAACAACCAGAACAGAAAUAAAAACUUAUUUGUACAUGUUUUAAAUUGCAACUCGUGCCUUAGAAAUUCUAGUUGAAUGUAUUUUUGUUUGAAUAGGAAUCAUCAUAUACAUGAUUUAAGAAAAAAAAGAAUGAGAAAAUCUUAAGCCCAUAGCACCACAGUUCAUCUAACUCAAUCUAUGGCGUAUUUGCUUUUGUUCAACAAUUGUGUGUAAAACCAACAAAGUCAUGAAUUUCAACAGCUCUCUUUCACCACUGACCUGUUCUUACCUUCUGCUCUUAUUGUUGAUCUUAUAUUUCUCAUAAUGUGAAAUAGAAUGAUAUUCAUAUAGGGGCAGUAUGUGAAUUUCAGGAUACAGUGGAGACUGUGUUUCUGAAUUCCUGUGUUUCAGAUCAAAAAAGUCAGACUAUGCAAAUUCCCUUCAAAGAGCACUGACUGCUAGUGUAAUAUAAUCCUCUUAUAUUGAUUUAUUAAUAUGUUUACUAUGAAAUACUUUGUGGGGAAAUAUAUUUAGGCCAAAAUUAGGAUGGAGUUUAUGGAGGGUUAUGUUUUAUCGCUGGAAAUACAAUCAUUUAUUCCUAUAAAUUAUUCCAACAAAAAAAAAGACUGAAGUAUUCACACUAUAAAAAUGCAAUGCCAUCCUACUUGUUUGUUAUGUUUAAAUCUGUAUGCAACCAAAUGUUUACAUAAAAGAAAAAGUUUUUAAAAAAAAGUGUUGUCACAAGCCCAUCCUGUGGCUCUACCAGGAGAACUCUGCUUGCUUACAAUCUUUAUACUGUGUUCUUAUCAUGUCACCUCAGAGUAUCUUUACCAAAGACUUUUAAAGUAAAUCUCUUUUUAAUAUAGACUUAUAAUUUUAUAAGAAGGAAUGUGCACGUACACAGAAAUACUUAGACUUAGAUGUUUUCCUUUCACAAGAUCUAAUAAGGAAAGGAUCCUACCAUAUUUUACUCUAGGAUUUCCUAAAUAUAUGAUUUAUAUUUCUCUUUUUUCUUUUUCUGUAAAUCCUUUGAUUUAAAUAAAGCAAAGUCACCCUUUUAUGUGUUAUAUACCUGAAAUAGUGCCUAUAACAGAGUUAUAAAGAUCAUAUUAACUUGAUGAUACUCAUUUUCUUUUGAUAUAUUAUCUUGAUUGUUAUCCUUUUAAUACAUGAAUAGUAUAAAAGAAUAGAGUCUAUAGCACAAAGUUUGUAAGAAAAUAUACCAUAUUUUUUAAGUAUCAAAAGCACAAAUAUCUGCUAUUUUGUGUAAUAUGAGAGACAUAAAAAAGAAAAGGCAAAAAUGCUCUGCCAUGGCUCCUCAGACUAUUUAAUAAUAAGAUGAUUGUCAAUUGUUUUUGCAGUGCUCAGAAAUGAACCCAGAACUUCAUACGUGUUAGGCAAAAUGUUCUGCCACUGAGCCCCAAAGUAUGAAUUUUUGAAUGUUUGGAUCUCCAGCUCCUACUGACUCAAUGUGGAGUCUGGUUGACAAACAAAAUUGUCUUUAAAACUAAAAAUUAAAUCAUGCAUCCCAGUAUAAGGAAUCCAAGAUAUGAGAUUCCAACAUCUUUGCAGCUCAACGAUGAGGGUUCCUCUCCCUGUUCUCGACACACUGGUGUUUCUGAAGGAGAAAUUCCUUGAUCAAAACUUCCUCAUGGGGUGUAUACUGAUUAACAAAUAGAUAUAAUGAUUUCCUAUAAGAGAUUCUGCAAAUGCUCAUGCUGGUAUUCAAAGAAGGUAACCCUAGCCAUAUACCUUAAAGAAGUAUAUUACAUUUGUGUCCAGAGGAAGAAGAGAGUGCUUGUUUAAUGAGGCUGGAGUAGAUAGGUAGUAGAAGAUAGACAGGACUCUGAAAAUGCAACUGCCAUCCAUGUUCCUAGUUAGUGAAAAUUAAAAAUUAAAAAAUUAAAAAAAUAAAAAAUCCUAUUAAUGUGAACCAGCCAGGAUAACAGUGUUAUUUCUAUUUGAUAUGGUUAGGGCUUCUCUUGUCAAAUCUGUGUCUGUUGCCCCCUGAUCCUUCCAUUAUCAAGUUUUGAAGGGUGUUGGGAAAAUGAUGGCAGCUGCUAGGGAGAUCAGGGAAACACUGAUAUAACCUCACAGCCUCUCACCAUCCCUCUUGGCUUGGAAAGGCUUUUUUUUUCAUAUACAGUUCUAGAAAUAUUGCCAUUCUACCUUAGUAUUUCACAUUUGUAGUUUAAACAAGUGAUUGUCCAUCUGUUGCCUAGAGCUGCGGUACAUGUGUGUUAUGAAUGAAAUAUGACAGCAUGUUCCAUACCCCUGCUUUAGCCAUCUGUAGAAAGCCAGCAAACUGAAAAAGAUAUACCUCUGCAAAAUGUGCCUCUAGUCCAUUUCCAGGGAUGCCUCUUUUGGUGCACUGACAAUCAGAAAACAACCCACGAUUGUGCCUUAUUUUUAAAUAAUCUAUUUAUACUACUAUGACUAUUCUGCUGAGGUCAGUAAUGGAAACAGUCAUCCCCAAAUCCCAAAUAUAUACUCAGCAGAAUUUCAAAACACAUCCAGAAGACUCUGAAUCCCCCUUAACAUCCUCAAAUAGUAUUUUUCUUCUUCUUCUGGAAGGUUCUCCUGGGUCCUUCCAGUUAUAAAAACAUUCUAUGCCAGAAACUGAUAUAGUAGAUGUUGUCCGUGUUUGUGAUUAGGUUUUACUCUGGUUUUAUUCAGAUAAUAAAGGCAGAGAUGUGAGCCUUCUCCACCCACAUGCCAUCUCCUUUUGUACUUCAGUUGCCUUUGUUUAUCUUGAUAGUGAAUAGGUGAAUUUGGGUCCUGGUUCUGAGCAAGUCAUUAAUAUAGUGCAAUUAUGAACAUUUCAGGACAAGUUCUUCACUUGACACAGAUUUGUUUUAAACUUUUAAAAAAAAGAGUCAGACUAUGAUUUACUAUGAUUUGCAAAGAAUAAUUAAUCCCUGUAUCCUUUCCAUUUUUUCCUCUUUCUUCCUAUCUUACCUUCUUUCCUACUUCCUUCCUUUUUUCUAUUAUGCCUGUUACACUACCCAAGUUGAACUUGUAAUAAGUCAUUCUUCCAUCAUCCUUAUAGAACUGUAAUAUAUGGCAUCCAAAAUACCUUCAUCUUAAGGGUCAUAUCUUUAAACUUGUGUUUAGUCAUGGAAUGAGAUGGGGGUAUAUCUUCAUCAGGGAAUCCGACAAUUCUUGGAAAAUUCAUUUAUGACUGGUCUAGGCUUUCUGGCCAUCUGCAAAAAUAAUGUGAGACAAAGUUGAAACUUUGUUUUCAAACCCAAAGCAUUUUGACCACAAAAUAAUUACAUUUUAGUGGCAGCAUAUCAUUUUAUCAUUUUUUCAUUGAAACUUAAUUGUUUUCUCUGUUGCAAGGGAAAAUGAUUAUCUUUCUAAAAUUUUAAUGUAUAGCAUUUCACCCAUGAUAAUAUUAAAUCUUAAUAAUUGAAUCAUAAGAGUUAUAGUAAGCCAUCAAUUGAGUUUUUAUUGGAUCAUGAAUUAAAGGCAUAUAUUCAUUAAGAUAC